UCCCACCUCAACCCGUCUGAGAGGGAGGGGGAGUUUUGCUACGAGCAGGUAGAACACGAUCCAAGCCGAUUCCCACGUGGCCAAUGCCCAUUGGUCGCCAAAACCAACUGGACUGAAACCCAAUAAAACUGAGAAUACACUCUAGCCUUCCCCCAAAACCCCUCUUCUCAAUCACUGUGACAACACACACAUACAAAAUACAAACAACAACGAAGCCCAAACCCUAUCAGUAUCACCACCGAGUCGGAGAGUUCACUCCGAUUCUCCUCUCACUCACUCGUAGGUAGUACAUUGUGGAUCAAGUAUGGGGCGUGAUGUUUCCAAUCAUUCAGAAUCUCCGGUUAGGGGGCGGAGGUCUCCUCAUAGGAGGAGUCCAUCUCGAAGAGAAAGAUCACCCGCCCGACAUAGGAGUUCCCACAGAAAUGGUUCGGAGGCAAGAGAGAAACAUUCUAGUCGUGCCAAGUCUCCAAAGCAGGCACCUUCGAGCUCUCCUGUUGCUCGGUCACCUUCUCCCAGGACAAAACGGUUGAGGAGAGCUCAGGCUGAAAGGGAGGUUGAUAGAGAAACUGAGAGAGCUCGCUCGCCUUCUCCCCGAACGAAGCGGUCAAGGAGAGCUCAAGAUGAAAGGGAGGUUGAGAGAGAAACCGAGAGAGAGCAUGAAAAGAAUCAUGGCAGGGGGAGUGAUAGGGGGAGACAAAGGGAAACUGGGGAUGAGAGAAAAGAGAGAAGGCCAGCUAAGCAUGAUAAUGAGGUUGAGAGAGAAACUGAGAGAGAGCAUGAAAAAAAUCAUGGAAAGGGGAUUGAUAGGGGGGCACAUAGGGAAAGGGGUUCUGAGAGAGAAAGUGGGGUUGAGAGAAAAGAGAGGAGGUCGAGGAGGGAUGAUAAUGAGGUUGAGAGAGAGCGUGAAAGUAAUCAUAGUAGGGGGAGGAGGGAUGAUAAUGAGGUUGAGAGAGAGCAUGAAAGUCAUCAUAGCAGGGGAAGCGAUAGGGGGACACUUAGGGAAAAGGGUUCUGAUAGGGAAACUAGGGGUGAUAGAAAAGAGAGGUCAGGUAGAGAUGAUAGCAAGUCUUCAAGAUCAAGACACGAGCGGUCUACUUCUCCAUUAGAUCGUCAUCACAAGAGCAGGCACAGAUCUCAAUCACCUCAACCAGCUGCUGAUUCCAGAGAUCGUGACGAGGUGACAGACUUAAGAGGAUCUGAAGAGCGGAAUAAUGAGAAUGAUUCAGUAGCUAAGAUGAAGGCUGCCCAGGAGGCCUUGGAAGCAAAGGAAAAGCAAAAACCUUCAUUCGAGUUAUCAGGAAAGCUUGCUGCAGAAACCAAUAGAGUCAAAGGUGUGACACUUCUGUUCAAUGAACCCCCAGAGGCUCGAAAACCUGAUGUAAGAUGGCGGCUUUAUGUUUUCAAGGGUGGCGAAGUGCUAAAUGAACCCCUUUAUAUACAUCGUCAAAGUUGUUACCUUUUUGGGAGGGAACGAAGGGUGGCAGACAUUCCAACAGACCACCCAUCCUGCAGCAAGCAACAUGCUGUUAUUCAAUUCAGACAAGUGGAAAAGGAGCAACCUGAUGGUACAGUAUCAAAGCAACCGAGAGUAUGUACUACUGCACGAGGAAUCAGCCGAGUGAUGGGCAAAUUUUGGCUACUCCAAUGUGCCUCCUUUCAACAUGAGGAACAUAUUGAUUCGUUGAUGUGUGGGAACUAUUUAAAGUGUAUUUGUGCUGCGUUUUCUAUGGGUGCAAUUCAGUUUGAUUGUCUUUUUGCCAAUGGUGCUGGAAGGAACGGUUUAAAUGGCUUAAGACAUGUAUCUUCAUACAAAUUAUGGAAGACAGUAUUUUUGUGGCAGUCUCACUUGAGUCAAUCUCUCUUCAUUUUACAUUUCUUUGUGUCAGAUCUUAUUACUCUGUUGAUUAGGACUUAUGCUGCUAGUCUUGUAGCUCGCAUGAUCACUUGCUCUAGGAUUUUUGGAAGUAGGGAUGACAAUAGAGCGAGGUUGGAUCAGAGUUUUCCUCGGAUUUCCUAAUCCAAUGUGCUAUACUGAUGUUGAGUUUCA